AUGAUGCUCAAAACGGAGAAGGAGUCGAUUCGCACCCGAAGAAUCGUCAUUUGUAUCGCCAUUAUCUCACUUCUACUAACUACUGGAUACUGUUUGUACAAACCACUUCCCGAUGGAUUCACUGUUACAAAAUGGGAUCGAACAGUGAUGCAUGUCGUCGAGCCAGCACUCAGAGUUGCUUAUUACUACCCGAGUCGAAUGUUCUCAAAAGCAAGUGAUAUGGUCUAUUGGACACGUGGCGUCAUGAAUGUGCUCACAAAAGUUCUUGGAGUAUUCACUUCCACAAACGGUCAACUCGACAUUCAAUGGCAUCAUUGGAAAGGAACUCCAGUCAAAUCAUAUCGUCCAAUCAACAAUAAAACAUCAACCGAUGGAGCUGUUAUCUUCAUUCAUGGCGGUGGAUUUGCUCUCGGAAACGUAGAAAUGUAUGAUUCAUUGGUUGGAAGACUGGCACUUGAAAUGAAGACACUCUUCAUUUCGAUCGAAUAUCGUCUCUCACCAGAAACUGUGUUUCCCGGAGGAAUUAUGGACUGUGAAGCAGCCAUUGAUCACUUUCUCCAAUACGGAACAACGCAAUUUGGAGUGAACACUUCGAAAGUUAUCAUAAUGGGAGACUCAGCGGGUGGCAACUUGGCAACAGUCAUUGCUCAAAGACGGGCGGCUCGUCAGAAACUUCCGAAAUUGGCUGGCCAAGUGCUGAUAUAUCCACUUCUUCAAAUGGCUGAUAUGCAAACAAUGUCAUAUCGAUAUUUCAAUUCUCAUCUCCAGGGAUAUGCACUCGUGGAUCCAGAAUCUGUAGCAUAUUACUACAUGUUUUAUGCUGGAAUUGAUAUGGAUGAGAAGGCGUAUUUAGUACCAAGUGUCACCUCGAAUGGACAUGUUUCGAAGAAACUUCAGUCGAAAGUUCAAAAGAUAAUGUCCCAUAACUCAAUCAUCGAGAAAACUCACAACUACAAGAAUAUCAGUGUUUCUGAAAAAUGGGAGAUCAAACCAAGUGUCGAAGCACAAGAAUUGAUGGAACCAUUUCUCACGAAUCCCGAUUUUUCUCCUUUGAUGAGAGAGGAUUUGUCCAAUUUACCGCCGACAUUGGUCAUCACUUGCGAGUUCGAUAUUCUUCGAGACGAAGGACUCGUUUAUGGAUAUCGAUUGAAGACAUCAGGCGUUCCUACGACAACAAUCCACUACGAGAAUGGUUUCCACGCGAUGCUCAACUUUCAUAGUGAUCUCGAUGAAGCUAUGAAAACAGUCGAAGAUAUUGAACAAUGGACACUCGAUACGAUUUCUCGUGCCUAA